UCUGUCAGGCUGCAUGAUCAACUGAUGGACACACAGAAGCUCACUUGCUUUCUCUUUCACUGCGCUAUAUCCUGUCUUUUCCUGACAGGACAUUGGCUGUUUUGUGGACUUUCUUUGCAUUUUCUUGUCUGACACACCUGCGAGGUUAAACAAGAGUCUUAACCUUCUCUUCCUGCACCUUCUCGGAUCUUCUGUUUUCUCCCGUUGGGAUUUUUCUUCUUUUUUUCCCCCCGCCUGACUGCCUGCUCUCUUCUGUGCAUAUCAACCCUUUUUCCCCCUUGCUCUCCUCUCCUCUUCCUCCCAUCUUCCACUGUUCCCUAUCUCCUUGUGCGUGGUUUUUGGGCUAUGCUCUCCUCACCCACUGUGAUUCUCCAGCCUUAUGGACUGCCUGUCUACCCACAGACAACCACAUGCUACCCCAGCAUAGUUCAGGGAGGCCCCACCCAGGAGGCCGGCCCAGGCAGCGGCGACCCCGCCCUACCUCAGGUCUACGCCCCGCCUCCCUCCUACCCCCCACCGGGUCAAGGUCCGCCAACAUCUGCGGGCAGACUCCCACCCCUCGACUUCACCUCAGCACAUCCCAGCUCAGAGUACCCUGAACAUCCCCAGCUCAGAGUCUAUCAGGGCCCUCAACACGAAGGGGCGGAGACCCUGACAUCCAGCACCACGGAGGAUGCUUUGGCCCCUGUGACCUCUGACCCCCAGUCUCUGAGCGUGUCAGUGUCUUCAGGGGGCGGGGCAGGAAGCGGAAGCGAGGAGGAGGGGUCAGGUAAGGCCCAGCCGAAACGCCUCCACGUCUCGAACAUCCCGUUCCGCUUCAGAGACCCAGACCUCCGCCAGAUGUUUGGGCAAUUUGGCAAGAUCCUUGAUGUAGAAAUUAUCUUCAAUGAGAGGGGCUCGAAGGGCUUUGGAUUCGUCACCUUCGAGAGCGCAACUGAGGCUGACCGAGCACGAGAGAAGCUGAACGGGACAAUCGUAGAGGGCAGAAAGAUUGAGGUUAAUAAUGCCACUGCAAGAGUAGUGACCAAGAAGCCCCAGACUCCUCUGGUGAAUGGUGACAUUUCAACUUCUGGAUGGAAGAUCAACCCUGUCAUGGGAGCAAUGUACGCACCUGAGCUCUACACAGUUGCCAGUUUCCCAUACCCUGUAGCGACUCCCACCUUGGCCUACCGGGGCUCUGCUCUGCGUGGCCGAGGUCGAGCUGUGUACAACACAAUUCGCUCUGCUGCAGCCACGCCUGCCACCGUUCCCACCUACCCCGGGGUUGUGUAUCAGGAUGGUCUGUAUGGAGCAGAGGUCUAUGGUGGAUAUCCAGCAGCUUACAGAGUGGCUCAAUCAGCAUCUGCUGCCACGGCGACCUACAGUGACGGAUACGGACGGGUCUACGCCACAGCUGCGGACCCCUACCACCACUCUGUCGGACCAACGACGACAUAUGGAGUUGGCACAAUGGCCAGUUUGUACAGAGGAGGGUACAACCGCUUCACCCCAUACUGAGUCACCCGGCAGGGCAGCGGCGAGGGGGGAAUGAGGUCAUCUCUCUUGAACUCUGGGAUUGGCUGAUCCAUGGACACUGCAGGACAGGUUAUGAGAUCCUUAAACUUUGGAAAUGUGGAAAUGGUUUCACCUCUUGUCUCCAUCACAACCUCUCCCCAAGAGACUAAACAGACUGAAGCUGUAAAUACUGCAGGAUCCACUCUACUGAAGAAUACUUAGCACACGGAAGAGGAUGUUAUGUAAUAUAUUUAGACAGUCGCUUAAAGCCUUUAACGUAUAGUUUUUUUUUCUGAAUUUAAAGAAUAUUAAUGUUGGCAAACAGUACAGAAAGUGAAAAAUACUGUGAGGAUGAUUUUUUUUUUCGUGAUUUUUCAAGUUUUCACGGGUCAAACUGUACAAAAAAAUAACAUUUUGUACGAUGUUAAAUGACUUAUUUUCAAUUUACUAAAUCUGCGUUUGAGUGUGUGUGCGUGUGUGUGUGUGUGUGUGUGUGUGUGUGAGCAUAUGAGUGAAGUCAUGCACCAACAUUGUACCCAGAGACAGCUGUGACACUGGUAUCACUAUUACAAACGCAGAACUAAUGUUUGUCUGGAUGUAGUUGGAAUUUCAUUUGUUUUUGUUUUUGUUUCUAACAAUCUACCUCUCAUACAUUUAUAGCUUUUCAUACAGCUGUCAUUAUUGACCCUUUUAUUGUUUUCUGUUUCUCUUUUAAUUCUGCAGAGCUUUUUCUUUUCCUGUCCAUAAAUCCUGACUAACAUAGUCUAGUUUCUGUUUCUGUGGCUCUGUACCUCACUACCUGAUGAGCCUGGUGCCUGUGCAGUGCUUUCUUUUCUUUCUUUUUUUUUCCUUCUCUGUCAAAGAUUUCUUUCACUUGUACUCACCCGGGGAAGUCUGAUUUUACCCAAGCUGCUUUAAACCAUGUUUUAUUCACAAAGUUAAGCACAAUGCCAUCUGGGAAUUGCAGCGAGAAGCAGUCUUUUGCUGUUGGCUUUAGCUACACAAACUGAGGAUUAAAGGCCCCGCUUACACACUCCCCAUCUGUAGAAUUUAAAUGAUUCUGCUGUCAGUUCAAGAUAACAGCCCACUGUGCAGGAAUUCAAUUACUCUAUUCUACUCUUCAUGUAAAGUCGCCUUAUUUCAGCCUUUUCUGUCACAUUUUCUUCGUGCUUUCUCUCUUUCCUCACUUAGAACUGCUGAAUGACUUCCUGACUCCUCGUGUUGAUCAUUUCUUCUUGGCCUUGUCUUUUUGUUUCUGUUGCACUCUUUGCUGCCGAGCUUGACAUUUACCUCUUAAUAAAACUGUUUUCUCUCUCUUCUCCUCCUCUGUCCUUUAUUGGCUCUGCUUAUUUUCCAAUCUGUCUUUAAUCAUUUCUUGUCAGACACUGUGUUUUUCAGAUGUUUCUUUUUUUGUGCACCUACUGCCAAAAAGCCUUUACCUGAGAGUAACUAAUCGUGAAAUUAGUUAGUUUUUAGUUUGUUAGACUUGUUCCCAUCUCAUUACGUUUAGGUUGUUCCAGUCAGGCCUUGUUUAGAAACUUAAACAACCUCUUUUCUUCUAUUUCUUGGCUUUAUUUUAUCUUUUUCCUACUUUUCUUCCCAUUUCAAUGUGCUCUGCCUCAUCACCUCACUUCCUUCUUUUUUCCCUCCUGUCUAGCUUUUUUCUCUCCUUCUUUUUGACCUGGUAUGCAUCACUGUAGAAAACACACAUGUGCAUGUAAUCCAGCCUCAGUCUGUCCUUUUCCAUCUAUUCUCUACUGUGUGAACUUUCUUUAUUCUUUUCAUUAGUGUAGUUGUAUCUAAUUAUCAUAGCCUCUGUUCUUUGUUUUGCUAUUUAACUCUUCUUUGAGCAUCUUUCCUCUGAGUGACUGUAACAUUUGCUGAUGACUUUCUCUUUCUGCAUGAUGCAUAAUUUCUCCUCUCAUUUCUCUCUGCUCCUCUAUAAUGUAGAUCUAUAGCUUUACUUUCUUGUCAUUCUAUUAGCUUUUGCUCUUUGCCUUAGUUUCUGUGCUGAGUUCUCUCUGUCCUCUCUGACUUUAUAACAUCGAGCUAUAGUUUUGCAGCUCAGCUUCUGUUAUUUCUGUUUCAUUAUUAUUUGUUCUACUGCUUUUCAGUUUUUCUUUCUCUAAGUGGACAGCUGGGUUAUCUAUGUGCAACUGAUUAAUCAACAACAAACAACAACAUUCUUAUUUCAACAUUAUGGAUUAUAGAGUUUGUGUUGUUGUAGUUUAUUGUUUGACUUUAAUGGUAUAUUGUCAUGUACAAGAUGCCAAGAUGGUCUUUUGUAGAACCUUUGACCAUUUGCCACCUUGCAAUUAAUUUAAUGUGACACAUGCCUUUUGUAGCAAUACACAGCAUCUAGACAUACAUCAAAUUGGAUAUAGGUUUUCAUUACUUGAUUGGUUGAUGAGGAAAACAUCUUAGUUUGAUUUUCUCAGUGCACUUUCUGUAAACAGCUCCUGUCUUCUUUCCCUGCUGCUCUUGUUUCCCUCUUUACUUCUUUCAUUUCCUUGCAUGUAGUUUCACAUAUUUAUUUCUUCUUUAUUCUUUUGUUUUCUAUCUCUUCUAAUUUCAUCUGUUCUAAAUGUUCUUCUUUCUAACAUUUAACACUAACUUCUCCAACUACUCCAGAGACCUUGAAGCAUUUUUUUUUUUACCUCAAAUGCAGCAGUAGAAAGGAAAAUCUGGCAGGAAACGCCUUCAUAGUAACAUGUAACCAAGCUGGUUUCUUAUUUCUAGUCUUAUGGUGUCACAGGUGCCUCUCACUCCACAUUUAUAACAUUUCACAAUAAACUGUCUGUGCGAAACUUGA